UUAGAAACAAGAAGAAUGGGUUUCAUGCAGCUUACUACUUUUUCCCUUACCUCAUUGCUCCGUUUCAUAGUAAUAUUUGGUUUAUGGUGCAGAACAAAGGGUGUGCUGAAGCUGCCAUCAAACGUCUCAGUUCCAGCAGUGUUAGCAUUUGGAGAUUCGAUCGUCGACUCCGGCAACAACAACCACAUUAAAACAUUGAUCAAGUGUAACUUCCCACCUUAUGGGAAAGAUUUUCAGGGAGGAAAACCAACUGGUCGAUUUUGCAAUGGAAAAAUCCCUUCAGACAUAAUAGUUGAAGAAUUGGGUAUUAAGGAGUAUUUGCCUGCAUAUUUGGAUCCAAAUCUGAAAUCCAGUGAUCUUGUUACUGGCGUCUGCUUUGCCUCCGGUGCUUCAGGAUAUGAUCCUUUGACACCCCAAAUAGCGUCAGUUAUAUCAUUAUCUUCUCAACUAGACAUGUUCAAGGAAUACAUAGGAAAGCUGAAAGGCAUUGUCGGAGAGAGCAGAACAAACUUCAUCCUAGCCAACAGUCUUUACCUUGUGGUGGCAGGCAGUGACGACAUCGCCAACACCUAUUUUGUUGCUCACGCCAGAAUAUUGCAGUAUGACAUUCCUUCUUACACUGACCUUAUGGUCAACUCAGCCUCUAAUUUUGUAAAGGAUUUGUAUAAUCUGGGAGCUCGUAGAAUUGCAGUGCUAAGUGCACCACCUAUUGGGUGUGUGCCAUCACAGAGAACUCUAGCUGGAGGAUUAGAAAGAGGGUGCUCAGAAAAGUACAAUAAUGCAGCCAAGAUGUUCAAUUCGAAACUCUCAAAGGAACUUGAUUCUCUUCACAGCUACCCCAAUAGCAGAAUUGUUUACAUUGAUGUUUACAACCCUCUAUUCGAUAUCAUUCAAAACUACCACAAAUAUGGCUAUAAAGUUAUGGACAGAGGCUGCUGUGGCACAGGGAAACUAGAGGUUGCAGUGUUAUGCAAUCCUUUGGAUUCCACUUGUUCUAAUGCUUCAGAAUAUGUCUUUUGGGACAGUUACCAUCCAACAGAAGGCGUUUACAGAAGACUAGUGAAUCAUGUUCUUGAAAAGUACACCAGUCAAUUGUUUUGAACUCCCCAUAUAAUAUAAAUAAGGGUAUAUUUAGACAAAUUUCAUGCUAAGUAUUUUUAAGAAAAAAAAAUUAU